CCACCUCAAUAUAGGGCUUCUGGCUUCUUGGUCUCUUUUUGUCCCCGUCCUCGGGAAAAGAGAGAUGCAGCGCCAGAAGUCCAUUCUCUCGUUCCUUCAGAAGCCUUCGCCGGAAAACCAGCCAACCGGCGGCCCUCCUUCGUAUGCCGACAUGCUCGAUCGCUGGCCGGAGGCAAAUCAAGACCCGCGUCGGAGCUUCUCCGUACCGGAGAAACCCUUGAAAGAUCCCUCGCCGGAUAUCCAAGGAACAGACACUCCGCCGGAGAAGCCGCGCCGCCCGAUCCUCUCAGCGGGAGUUCCGGCGACCGACGACGACGACAAGAACGCAGCGCGGUCAUUCUCGAGCAUCAUGCAUAAGUUCACCAGGGAAGACAGAUCGGAAAGCAUCAGCAAGGGGAACCAAGAUGAUAGUGGUUCCCUUAGCUCUCAUUUUAAAUCUGAUACCCUUGAAGAAGAUCAUAGAUAUAUGAAACAUGAAACACCCACCUACGAACACUCAAAAUAUCAUUACUCAGUGUUUAAAGAUGACUCCAAAGGGAUGGAGCCUCUGCAUUUUGAACUGAAUGCAGAUGUCUUGGGGCCAGAAACCCCAGCUAUGCGGCCACUUGUUCCUCGUUUAAAGCGGGUACAGGAGGAUCCUUGUGAUAGCGAAAAUAAAUAUGAUUCUCUCCUUUUGUCUUCUAGCAAAAGGUUGAAAUCAAUUCAAGAUUCUGUGAUUGAACAAAAGGCUCAUGGUGAAGUUCAUGAAAGUCUGACCAGCAAGUUUGAGUGGCUCAAUCCUUCUGCUAUUAGAGAUGCAAAUGGAAGACGACCAAAUGACCCACUUUAUGACAAGAGAACACUGUAUAUUCCACCUGAUGCAUUAAAUAAAAUGUCAGCAUCUCAAAAGCAGUAUUGGAGUGCGAAAUGCCGAUACAUGGAUGUUGUCCUCUUCUUUAAAGUUGGCAAGUUUUAUGAGCUGUAUGAGUUAGAUGCUGAGAUUGGCCAAAGGGAGCUUGACUGGAAAAUGACUAUGAGCGGUGUAGGUAAAUGCAGACAGGUUGGCAUUUCCGAGGCUGGGAUUGGUGAUGCUGUUCAGAAGCUUAUUGCUCGUGGGUAUAAAGUUGGACGAAUGGAGCAACUUGAGACCUCAGACCAAGCUAAAGCUAGAGGGCGUGCUUCUGUUAUCCAAAGAAAAUUAGUUGAGGUUUCAACACCAUCCACCAUAACUGAUGGCAGCAUGGGACCAGAUGCAGUUCACCUUCUUUCCUUGAAAGAGGGAAAGCAGAGUUCAGUGAAUGGUUCUACCAUAUAUGGAUUUGCUUUUCUGGAUUGUGCCGCCUUGAAGUUCUGGGUGGGUUCUGUAUCUGAUGAUGAUUCUCAUGCAGCUUUGGGUUCUUUGCUGAUGCAAGUUUCACCAAGGGAAGUUAUCCAUGAAAGCUCAGGACUCUCUGAAGAAACCCACAGGACGCUGACAAAAUAUGCUUCAGCAGGUUCCACUAAAGUGCAAAUGACUCCUGCAAUGCCCAGCAUAGACUUUCUGGAUGCUUCCGAAGUUAGAAAAUUGAUACAUUCUAAAGGAUAUUUCAGGGGAUCUUCUAAUUCAUGGUCUUCUACGUUUGAUUGUUUGAUGAACCAUGAUCUCAUUAUUUGUGCUCUUGGUGGACUUGUUGGUCAUUUAUCUAGGCUAAUGCUAGAUGAUGCUCUACGUAAUGGAGAACUUUUGCCAUACCAUGUAUAUAAAAGUUGCCUAAGGAUGGAUGGCCAGACUCUCGUGAAUCUUGAGAUCUUCAGCAAUAAUGUUGAUGGUGGCCAGUCAGGCACAUUAUAUAAAUAUCUUGAUCACUGCAUAACUGCAUCUGGUAAACGGCUUUUAAGAAGGUGGAUAUGCCAUCCACUAAAGAAUAUUGAUGAUAUCAAUGAUAGGCUUAAUAUUGUGGAGGGAUUAAUAAAGGAUUCAGGGGUAACCUACAUCAUAGCUGAGUAUCUGCGCAGGCUUCCUGAUCUUGAGAGACUCUUAGGAUGUGUUAAGGCUACUGUUGGUUCAUCAUCUAUGCUCCUUUUGCCUUUGGUUGGAGAAAGAGUACUGAAACAACGGAUCAAAGCAUUUGGGUCUCUUGUCAAAGGUCUCCGAGUGGGAAUAAAUUUGUUAAGUGUUCUACAGAAAAAGAACCAUGAAAUCUCAUCAUUGUCGACAAUUGUGAAUCUUCCAAUGCUCAGUGAGCUCGAUGAACUACUUCACCAGUAUGAAGUAGCUCUGGAUGAUGAUUUUCCACGGUAUCAGGAUCAUGAUGUGAAAGACUCGGAUGCUGAAACAUUAGCUGUUCUAGUUGAGCUGUUUGUUGGAAAGGCUACUGAGUGGUCACAAGUCAUCAAUGCACUGAACUGUAUUGAUGUGCUCCAAUCAUUUGCUCAAGCUGCAUUUCAAUCGCAUGGUUCUAUGAGUAGGCCUGUAUUUCUGCCAGCUAAUUCAGAUCACAUGGAUUCACACCGAGACAGUAAAGGACCAACACUGCGAAUGAAGGGUUUAUGGCAUCCCUAUGCUGUUGCAGAAAAUGAAGAUGGUCUAGUUCCCAAUGACAUUUAUCUUGGUCAAGAUUCAGAUGGACACCAUCCUUGUGCACUGUUGUUGACUGGACCAAAUAUGGGUGGAAAAUCAACAUUACUUCGUGCCACAUGUCUGGCUGUUAUACUGGCCCAGCUGGGUUGCUAUGUGCCUUGUGAAAUGUGCGCACUCUCACCUGCUGAUGUUAUCUUUACACGGCUGGGUGCAACCGAUCGCAUCAUGUCAGGCGAAAGUACCUUCUUGGUUGAAUGUGCAGAAACAGCAUCAGUACUUCAAAAUGCCACUCAAGAUUCUCUUGUCUUGCUUGACGAACUUGGUAGAGGAACAAGCACUUUUGAUGGAUAUGCAAUUGCCUAUGCUGUACUUCGGCAUCUUGUGGAAAGGGUUCGCUGUCGUUUGCUUUUUGCCACGCACUACCAUCCCCUUACAAAGGAAUUUGCAUCUCAUCCUCAUGUAAGCUUGCAGCACAUGGCCUGUGCAUUCAAGGCUAGAGCUGGAUGCUCCUUCGAUGGGGAUGGAGAUCUAGUAUUUCUCUACCGGCUUGCUUCAGGAGCUUGCCCAGAGAGCUAUGGAUUACAAGUUGCUUUGAUGGCAGGGAUUCGAAAACAAGUUGUUGAAACUGCAUCAAAGGCUAGCCAAAGAAUGAAAUUGAUGAUUGGUGAAAAUUUCAAGUCCAGUGAAGGAAGAUCUAAAUUUUCCUCCCUUCAUGAAGAGUGGCUAAAGACCCUGUUGUCCAUUUCUGGGAUUAAUAAUGAUUAUUGGGAUGAUGAUGCAUCUGAUACAUUGCUUUGUUUGUGGCAUGAACUCAAGGGUUUCUACAGAUAGGUUAAAUGCAGGACAUAGUAAAAUACCGGGGCAUAUUUUUGCCGUGAAGAUAUGCUGUCAGGCCUGUAAAGUUUGAUCCAUGACAAACGAACUAGCUGUACAGUGAGAAGUGUCAAAAGUGUGAAUCUGGAUAUUACCAGGCUUGGGAUGUAUUAGCUGUUGUAGAGUUGCUGCUUAUUGUGCGUGAAUAUAUCUGGAAAACAAGCAUCAUUUGGCCAGAGGAUAAUAUUCCACAAGUAAAAAUGAAAAAAU